GUCCCUGGAUGUGUGCCCCGCAGAAGUCGGGCAGCAGUUCCUGGUUCGUGUGGUUACGCUAGAGAGAAGCCGACCUGGUUCAUCUGGUUACGCUAGAGAGCAGCUGACCUUGCCCCGUGGAUGGCGCGAGUUAUGGGCGGCCGACCUUGACCCCGGGGAUGGCGCGGGUUGUGGGCGGCCGACCUUGCCCCGGGGAUGGCACGGGUUGUGGGCGGCCGACCUUGCCCCGGGGAUGGCGCGGGUUGUGGGCGGCCGACCUUGCCCCGGGGAGGGCGCGGGUUGUGGUCGUCACCUGAUUUCUCCAGACUUCUCCCUGCUGGGACGAGGAGUCAGCUCCCAGGCCAAUUGGAUUAUUGGGGCACUUCGGAGCCACCAUGCAGGUCUUGAGGAGCCUCAGCCUUGGCUGUAGUAUUUGUAGACUGGCAUUUAGAAACUCGGUGUGGCUGAGACCGCAGCCCAGGAGGCUGUGACCUGCGGCAGCCGCCCCCCUGUCUGCCCGCACGGUCGUGGGUCUGGUUCCUCCUGCAGUGUGUUUGCGUGAUUUUUUUUAUUGCGGCGUCUGACCUUCUUUUGUCUCUUUAGUCAUCUAAAGAGAUGUUUAAAAGGAAAAUGGUCUAGUGUGUGCUGUGCACACCGUAGCCCAGGGCCUAAGAGGAGCGUCUUGUGAAGGAGCGGUACUGGCUGGCUCAGGUCCCUUCUCGGAGUGACUCCUGGCAGAGCAGAGCAGUCCUCAGCCCUCCUUAACAGGCGCGUCCAGCCAGCCCUGCGUCGGGGCGUGAGUGCGCUUUAGCUCGCGGCAGUCGGCGGAGGGGUCCUUGUGAAAUCUCCUCUGGCCCCCUGUCCCGAGGCACCUGUGUGUGUCUUGAGUAUUUCCUCUUCAUCCUUCACGUGUCCCUGACAGCUGAACGCGCAAGCCAGCUUCCGUCUGCCGAGAGAGAAGGGCGGGAUUCGCCCCAUGAGCUCAGUCUGUCUUCAUUUGACACUGACAGUCUCAGCCACUAGUUCUAAUGCUUGCGUUUCUGUGUUCUGCUUUUUAAUGUUUUUGUAAGAGAAGAGCAAAAUCAGCUAGUUUGUUUGCCCAGACACUUUGCUCUGUGGAUACAGAUGUUUUGGCCGACAGAGAGCACCAGCGCUCGCUGGCUUUCAGCGCCUGUCAGCAGGCAGAAGCCGUUUCCCUAUCUGGAAGGCACGUCUGGGUGUCCACACGGCACGGCCAAUAGUGCGCAGCGUGCAGAGCCGGGCCGGGAGAAGGCCCGGCCAUGCCCAGCUGCCCCCCACUCUCCCCGGCCUUGGGCUUGAGAGGGUACCUGUCCUGGCUUAGUCACCUGGAAACCAAAAUCCUUUGCAGCUUCCAGAAUUUUCCAGUACAGGAGGAGAAGCCGUCCACGUUCAGAGCCGCCUUAGACGGUUUGCCUGUCACCGGCAUUCCUGGACCUGGAAACGGGUGCCCCCAGCCAGGCCGCGGACCACUGUGUGCCCAGAAUUCUCCUCCCGUCCUUUUUCCCCUUGCCCGGCUCCCAGCUGCCCAGGGAAGAAAGGAGCCGGCCGCAAGGCGCAGUCCAAACCAGGCCGGGGGCCGUGACCAUUGGCAGUGCCCCCCAGAGCAGGUUUCUCAUGCAGGAAUAUGGGUCACUGCCUUCCAGGGAGUCCUUUUUUUCUUCUGGUUUCUAAGUGGCCACCUCUUGCUUUACCUCAGAUAGAAGCAUCCAGAACGCUGUAGUAUCGGCAAAAGCAGAAGCCGGUGUGGUGCUUGCUCAGGGUCGGUGCAUGCGGUUCUGCCCAUGGCCCCACUGGCGGCAUCGUGAGGCCGGGUGUGUCUGGGAGCUUGUUUUUCCAGAGUGCCCUGUGCCAGACAGCUCCCGGCCUCCUCUGAGUCAGUCACGGCCCUGCGGGACUGGAACUAGGACGGCCGGUCACAGAGUCAGUGGUCCUGUCGAGGCUCCUGCUGUGGUGUUGGGGUACAUGUCCCAGAGCAAGCACGCGGAGGCCCGGGAGCUCAUGUACUCGGGAGCCCUGCUCUUCUUCAGCCAUGGCCAGCAAAACAGUGCAGCAGACUUGUCCAUGCUGGUCCUGGAGUCCCUGGAGAAGGCGGAAGUGGAGGUGGCUGACGAGCUGCUGGAAAAUCUGGCUAAAGUGUUCAGCCUGAUGGACCCCAACUCUCCUGAGCGCGUGGCCUUUGUGUCCAGAGCCCUGAAGUGGUCCAGUGGGGGCUCCGGGAAGCUGGGCCACCCCCGGCUGCACCAGCUGCUGGCCCUCACCCUGUGGAAAGAACAAAACUAUUGUGAGUCGAGGUAUCAUUUUCUGCACUCAGCGGACGGGGAGGGCUGUGCCAACAUGCUGGUGGAGUAUUCCACGUCCCGCGGCUUCCGCAGCGAGGUGGACAUGUUCGUGGCCCAGGCCGUGCUACAGUUUCUCUGUUUAAAAAACAAAAGUAGCGCAUCGGUGGUCUUCACGACGUACACCCAGAAGCACCCAUCCAUCGAGGACGGGCCUCCGUUUGUGGAGCCGCUGCUUAACUUCAUCUGGUUCCUGCUGCUGGCUGUGGACGGUGGGAAGCUGACGGUGUUCACUGUGCUGUGUGAGCAGUACCAGCCAUCCCUCCGGCGGGACCCGAUGUACAACGAGUACCUCGACCGCAUAGGACAGCUGUUCUUUGGCGUCCCGCCCAAGCAGACGUCUUCCUACGGGGGCCUGCUCGGGAACCUUCUGACCAGCCUCAUGGGCUCCUCAGAGCAGGAGGAGGGGGAGGAGAGCCCCAGCGACGGCAGCCCCAUCGAGCUGGACUGAACAGGCCGGGCCACGUGGAGACACCACGGUCGACGACGGCUCGAGGGACGUUUCAGAGGCGAGUCCUGGGUGGCUCCUCGCCUUGGGGGCUCCUGGCCCUGAGGCUGGCGGUGGCCGCAUGCCGGCGCGUGUCUGUUUCUGUGCGGCGGCUCAGGGUGGCGCGGCUGCCGCUCGCUGUGCUGCUGGGACCCAAGAGUGGGGCGUCGCCCCUGCUGGCCGCCACGUCCCCCGAGAUUGACCCACAAUAAAGCACAGGCCUUACCGCGGCGUCACCCUCUCCCACUCCUUUGUUCUGGGUCCUUUCGGGAGGGCUGAUGGGCGGCACAGGAGGCCCGUCCUCAGGGGGGCUGCGCACAUCACGCUCCUUGCCGGGCGUCCAGCACAGCUGCGGUCACCAAAGCAGGUGCUGGCCCUCGGACCUGAGAGCCCAGCCAGGGCCCAUGUGGUCUGCAAAUGGGAGCGGCUGUUUUUGAACACGGGGUCAUUCUGCAGUCACGACGAACCGGUCCCCGUCGCAGACGGAGCGCACGUGCCCUGCGCCAGCCACAUCCUCACGCUCGGUGGAGGGACGCGUGCGGCGGGACGGUGCCCACGGGUACUUGCAGCUGUGUCCCAUGUGGCAUCCCAGAGCUGCGCCCUGCUGGUCUCUGUGAGCGCCACGCUGCUGUGCUGGAAAUGCCAUUUUAAAAAGGGAUACCGUGGGACUCUGCCCGUGUCUUUCAUGACGCAAUAUUUAUUUGUAUUGGGUGAUGAUGAUUGAUUCUUUCGACCUAACAUUUUAGGUUUUAACCAAAUAACCGGUCCAGGAGUGAGCAGCUCCGUUCUGUCACAGAUGCUACUCCAAAUGUUACCAGAACAAUGACAAAAGGGGAGACGCUCUAUUUUUUCACAGUUAAAUGACAGUUGUAGAUGGAUACGCAGUUGUGCAUGGGAAGGGGAAACGCACAGCUUUAUUUACUGUAAAGUGGAAUUUAAGGAAGGCUUGUGUGAACCGUUGCGCAUAAAUAAACCCUUUCUACCGGGC